AAUUAAUAUGCUAUUAAAAAAAAAUAAAAAUAAACAAAUAAAAGUCAGCCACAACAACACAAAUUACACUAGGUUUGUGCUUACUGUUGCAUAUGCAAAAAUACAAGCAGCCAUGCAGUUCCUCAUUCCACAAUAAUAAUGAUUCGAUCCGAACUAUAAAAACAGAGCCCCAAAUUCAUCAUAUUUCUCUCGCCUUUCCGACGUCUCUGAUUUCGUGCUAAGUAUAAUCGCUCUGUAGUAGUAUUAUUCCGCAGAGUAUAGAGAAGGAAAUUUUCAGCAAUGGCGGAAAACAAAGGUCCCAGCUUGGACGAGAUUAAGAAGGAGAACAUAGAUCUUGAGAGGAUACCGGUGGAUGAAGUGUUUGAGCAGCUUCAAUGCACCAAGGAAGGACUCACAUCGGAGGAAGCCGCUGCCAGGCUUCAGAGAUUUGGUCCAAACAAGCUAGAAGAGAAAAAGGCAAAUUCUAUUUUUAUAAUUUGCUUUAUUUCUUCUAGUGGAUUUACUUCAACUUCCAUGCUAAAUUCUUCUCCGCCAAACAGGAAAGCAAACUUCUCAAGUUCUUGGGCUUUAUGUGGAAUCCGUUGUCAUGGGUUAUGGAAGCAGCUGCAAUCAUUGCUAUUGCCUUGGCCAAUGGAGAUAACAAGCCUCCAGACUGGCAGGAUUUUGUGGGUAUUGUUGUUCUUCUGGUGAUCAAUUCCACUAUAAGCUUUAUUGAAGAAAACAAUGCUGGAAACGCUGCAGCUGCUUUGAUGGCUGGCCUUGCACCUAAAACAAAGGUACUGAGAGAUGGUAGAUGGACUGAACAAGAUGCAGCAAUAUUAGUUCCAGGGGACAUUAUAAGUAUUAAGCUGGGAGACAUUAUCCCAGCUGAUGCUCGUCUCCUGGAAGGAGAUCCUCUUAAAAUUGAUCAGUCUGCACUUACUGGUGAAUCACUGCCUGUCACUAAAAACCCUGGGAGCGAAGUGUUUUCCGGUUCAACCUGUAAGCAAGGUGAGAUUGAGGCUAUCGUGAUUGCCACUGGAAUCAACACCUUCUUCGGAAAAGCUGCUCACCUUGUAGACAGCACCAACCAAGUUGGACAUUUCCAGAAGGUUUUGACUGCUAUUGGUAAUUUCUGUAUCUGUUCCAUUGCCGUGGGUUUAAUUAUAGAGAUAGUGGUGAUGUACCCAAUUCAGAAACGCAAGUACAGGGAUGGAAUUGAUAACCUGCUAGUCCUUCUGAUUGGAGGCAUUCCAAUUGCCAUGCCUACUGUGUUGUCCGUUACAAUGGCAAUUGGAUCCCACCGGCUAUCGCAGCAAGGUGCCAUAACUAAGAGGAUGACUGCUAUUGAAGAAAUGGCUGGUAUGGAUGUCCUGUGUAGUGAUAAGACCGGGACUCUCACCCUUAACAAACUUACUGUAGACAAAAACCUGAUUGAGGUCUUCACCAAAGAUAUGGACAAGGAUACUGUAAUUCUUCUUGGAGCUAGAUCCUCCAGGGUGGAGAAUCAAGAUGCAAUUGAUGCUUGUAUUGUCGGUAUGUUGGCAGAUCCAAAAGAGGCAAGGGCAGGGAUCACAGAAGUGCAUUUUCUUCCAUUCAAUCCAGUGGAUAAACGUACAGCUAUUACGUACAUUGAUGCCAAUGGCAAUUGGCACAGAGUUAGCAAAGGUGCUCCUGAGCAGAUUGUUGAUUUAUGUAAUCUAAAGGAAGAUGUAAGGAAAAAAGUGCAUGAUAUAAUUGACAAGUUUGCUGAUAGGGGUCUUCGUUCUCUUGCUGUCGCUCAACAGACAGUCCCAGAAAAGACCAAGGAGAGUGCAGGAGGACCUUGGGUAUUUGUUGGCCUAUUGCCUCUAUUUGAUCCUCCUAGGCAUGAUAGUGGGGAGACCAUUAAACGUGCCUUGAACCUUGGUGUCAAUGUUAAGAUGAUCACUGGAGAUCAGCUUGCCAUUGCUAAGGAGACUGGUCGAAGGCUUGGCAUGGGGACCAACAUGUAUCCUUCUUCAUCACUCCUUGGCGACCACAAGGAUGAAGCUAUUGCCAACAUGCCCGUUGAGGAGCUCAUUGAGAAAGCUGACGGCUUCGCCGGGGUCUUUCCUGAACAUAAGUAUGAAAUUGUUGCAAAGCUACAACAGAGAAAACAUAUUUGUGGGAUGACUGGAGAUGGUGUGAAUGAUGCACCAGCACUGAAGAAGGCCGACAUCGGGAUUGCUGUGGCUGACGCCACAGAUGCUGCCCGGAGCGCGUCUGAUAUUGUCCUGACGGAACCAGGACUGAGUGUUAUCAUCAGUGCCGUUUUGACUAGCAGGGCUAUAUUCCAGAGGAUGAAGAACUAUACCAUAUAUGCUGUUUCCAUCACCAUCAGAAUUGUGCUCGGUUUCAUGCUCAUUGCACUGAUCUGGAAGUUUGAUUUCUCACCAUUCAUGGUGUUGAUCAUUGCCAUUCUUAAUGAUGGAACCAUUAUGACCAUUUCAAAAGACAAGGUCAAGCCGUCGCCAAUGCCUGAUUCAUGGAAACUGAAGGAAAUUUUUGCUACUGGAAUUGUUCUGGGAACUUACCUUGCUAUAAUGACAGUUAUAUUCUUCUGGGCUGCUCAUCAAUCAGAUUUCUUUACGAAACACUUCGGUGUACAUUCUAUCAGAAAAAAUUAUCACGAGCUAAAUGCAGCACUUUACUUGCAAGUGAGCAUUGUUAGCCAAGCACUCAUCUUCGUUACUCGUUCAAGGAGUUGGUCGUUUGUGGAGCGUCCUGGUCUUCUUCUUGUGGCUGCUUUCAUCAUUGCACAGCUGAUAGCAACAUUGCUUGCUGUUUAUGCAAAUUGGGAAUUUGCCAGGAUCCGUGGAAUAGGAUGGGGAUGGGCAGGAGUGAUUUGGAUAUACAGUAUCAUCUUCUACCUCCCACUUGAUCUCUUCAAGUUUGCCAUUCGAUAUGCUCUCAGUGGAAGAGCUUGGGAUAACUUGCUUCAGAACAGGACCGCUUUUACCACAAAGAAGGAUUACGGCAGGGAAGAGAGGGAAGCACAAUGGGCUUUGGCGCAGCGAACAUUGCGCGGCCUUCAUCCUCCAGAGACCUCAGAGAUCUUCAAUGAUAACAACAGUUACAGAGAGUUGUCUGAAAUUGCUGAACAGGCCAAGAGGCGUGCUGAGAUCGCAAGGCUGAGGGAGCUUCAUACUCUCAAGGGCCACGUGGAAUCAGUGGUGAGGCUCAAGGGACUGGACAUUGAAACGAUUCAACAGCAUUACACGGUUUAAAUCUGAGGAAACAAGAAGAGAAUGUGGGAAGUGUGAAUGGCAGACAUUCUUGACAAAAUUUUCGUGUCUUAUAGUUUUGGUCUCUGGUUUGGACAAUAUCCUUAUUAGUUCGUGCUUUCCCUAAAAGAUGGUUUUUAGAGGGAGAGAGAACAAUAAAAUAAGUAGUAAAGGCAGGCAAUGCCCCUUUGAUUUGCUUGUGUAUUGUUUGUUCCUUUUUGGUUUUGAACGAUUUUAGUUUAACUAGAUUAGACAGUGGAAAAAGGCCCAACCCCGGUGGGGGGGAAAGGGAGCCUCAGAUGAUUAUUAGGCAAGAAUGAUGCUUGUAGUUUUUACUUGGAUUAGUUUCAUUUGGAAAUUGAUUGUAACACUUUCUUUUUGUUAUUCUGAAUUAGUAUUUUGUACCUUUCCAAGUUCUCUGAUUCCUU